CCAUCAGCUGAUACAAUUGUGUUAUGUUAUUCCUGCAAAUCAGAAAAUCCCAGCAUUUUUUUAACCAAAAUAAUUAAAAUCAUCUAUAAAAAAACAUGUCUUUGCGUAAUCUAAUUCUUAUGGGACAAUGUGUGCCUUGCGUGAAACAAAAUGCUUCCAAAAUACGUAUACGUCGCAUGGAAUUGGACAAGAAUUUGAAUAUGUACUUCAAAAAAGACGAAUUCUUCUUUGCCCAUGAUCCAGAGAAAAUGUGCAAAACCGGUGAUAUUGUUCUAAUACGGGAAUUGCCAGAGCGUUUAACACGUCUGAUAACGCAUAAAGUGGAAAAAGUUGUAUAUCCCCUGGGUGACAUAACCGAUCCAAUUACCGGCAAAUCUGUGGUCGUGGGCAAAUACCGUGACCAAAUCGAAGAAGCCAAUCGUUUGUUUGGCAAAUCUGAGAAGGCUUUCGAUUAUAGCAAAGCACCGCCGCGUGGUCGCUUGGAAGGCAGUAAAGAUUUCACACACGGCGAAACGUACAUUAAAUACCACGAGGAUGGCAAGGAUCAGCCUUUUGCUGUGUAAAGUUGUGUGUUAAAGUUUAUUAAAUCCCAAUUAUGUUUAUAGUGUUAAUAAAACCAAAUUAUAAAGAAUAA